AAAUGUGUGUCGGUGCGAAUGCAAACGAAUGAGAAGGUCUAGUAGCCGGACUAAAAGGCUUGGACUCCUCCCUCCUGAAAGCGUCAGGCAUGAGGAAGCCAGGCUGCCUCUGCCGGUAGUUGCCGCUCACUAGCUCGUAGCGAGCAACGUGGAGAGCGGAGCCAAAACAUUAAAAAAAAGAACAAGAGGAAAAGUGUGCAGCAUGGCGGCGGGUGUGCGCUCUGUGUGUAUUGUACUGCUGUGUCUGAGCGGAGAGGUGCUGACAGGGCGGGAUUUCUACAAGAUUCUGGGGGUAUCCAAAAGCGCCUCGGUGAAGGAUAUCAAGAAGGCUUACCGCAAGCUGGCACUGCAGCUACACCCCGACAGAAACCCCGACGACCCGGCAGCGCAGGAUAAGUUCCAGGAUUUGGGGGCUGCUUAUGAGGUUUUGUCUGAUGAAGAGAAGAGGAAACAAUAUGACAUGUAUGGUGAAGAGGGUUUAAAGGAAGGUCGUCAAGGUUCCCAUGAUGACAUAUUUUCACACUUCUUUGGAGAUUUUGGUUUUAUGUUUGGAGGCGGCCCACGGCAUCAAGACCGGAACAUUCCUCGAGGAAGUGACAUUAUUGUGGACCUUGAAGUUACACUUGAAGAAGUGUAUUCAGGAAACUUUGUGGAAGUUGUAAGAAACAAGCCAGUGGCAAAGCAAGCUCCUGGAAAGAGGAAAUGCAACUGCAGGCAGGAAAUGAGAACCACACAAUUAGGCCCUGGAAGAUUCCAGAUGACCCAGGAAAUGGUUUGUGAUGAGUGUCCCAAUGUUAAGCUUGUAAAUGAGGAGAGGACACUUGAAGUGGAGAUAGAACCUGGUGUUCGGGAUGGAAUGGAAUAUCCUUUCAUUGGAGAAGGUGAACCUCACAUAGAUGGAGAACCUGGAGAUCUGAAAUUCAGAAUCAAGGUUUUAAAGCACCCAAUAUUUGAGAGACGUGGUGAUGAUCUCUAUACUAAUGUCACAAUUUCAUUAGUGGAAGCACUGAUCGGUUUUGAAAUGGUUAUCUCUCAUUUGGAUGGUCACAAGGUCCAAAUAGUUAGAGACAAGAUUACAAAGCCAGGUGCAAAAGUAUGGAAAAAAGGAGAAGGUUUGCCAAACUUUGACAACAACAAUAUUAGAGGUUCACUCAUAAUAACAUUUGAUGUAGACUUCCCCAGGGAACAACUUACUGGUGAUCAGAAGGAAGGUAUAAAGCAGCUGCUUAAACAAGGACCAGUGAAGAAAGUGUACAAUGGACUUCAGGGAUAUUGAUGAAAACACAACAGACUUCCAUGUGAUACUGAAAAUUUAACUAUUUAUUAUGAGGUUUCUAAUGUUGACUGUAUUUUUUCGGGUUGGAAAGGAAUUGCUAACCUUUUGAAAAACUGAAAUCUCUAUGUUUGAUUCUUAGCAACACAAGAUGUUUUUUGAAAUUUUUAUUUUGACCCUUGUUCAAUUUUGUGCCCUGGCCCCAGCCAAGGUUGCUUCUGGCCAGAACAGCAAAAUAUGUUUGCAUUUUAAGAUGAUUAGAUAUAUUUCAGUUUUUAUGUUCUAAACUGAAAAGGCAACAGGUAAACAUCUCUAUAUCUUUAACCAUGUUCUGCUACUUGUAAAUUAAGUAUUAUGGUAAUUCAGUUUUGAAUGUCUCAAGAAACAAGUGUAUUGAUUUCAGUGCAAUGUCAAACUUUGUAAAAAUUGUUCAGAAGAACUUUCAAUUUGACUUGUUAUUUUUGAGAUCUGUGGGGGCCAAAUAUUGCUUCAGUGGUCAAAACAAUUUGGUCUCUGUAAUUUCUGAAUAUGAAGAAUACACCAUAAGUUUGCUCAGAUAUAUAUAAUUUGAUUUUAAUUUGUCACUUGAGCUGUAAAUUGACAUUGAAGUUUUGAAAGGAAGGCAGUUUAAAAAUGACUUGGUGCACAGUACAUUGUCAAGUGGAAAGUUAAACAGUAAACAACAUUGUUAUAAGGUGCAAUUCAUCAGCUAAAAUUGAUUGGGAAGAAAAUGCAUCUUGUUGUAGAUAGCAAGACCUAUGCAUUUCAUUUUUUGCAUUUGUUUCAAUUGAAGGAUUGGAGUACUGACAUCUAUCAUUUCAAAUUAAAUGCAACAAAAUAUGUUGAAUGUGUGAAACACAGUGGAUUCUAGCAUAGUUCUUCCAAAUUAGAAAAAUACUAAUUCAUGUGAUCUCUACGGAUACUGAGGAAUUUUUAAAGCAGCAAUUAAUAUUUUUUCUCAACUGUACCCAUUCUAAAACAAUGAGAAAAUGACACAAUUAUAUAGAUUGCACAUUUCAAUGCUAUAGUUGGGAUAGAAAGAUCCUUCAGUCAGAGUUAGUUUGGUUAUAGCAUUGUAGUAAAGGACCAGGUGCGCUGCAUGCAAGGAUAAAUACAGUCUAACUGUAUUUUCAUGUAAUACUCCAUUUAUUGUGUUAAACCUAAACAAAACAGUAUCUUUUCAUUUAAUUGAAACAUGCAAGCAAUUGUUUUUAGCAUCCUGUUUUCAUAGUCUGGGAUUACAAAAUAUUGAUCUGCUACUGGAUCAGUAAAGUGCUGUAUGUUGCUGUUCAAUGUUUUUCAAAAAAAUUGUAUUUGUGCACUUCGAAAUUGAGUUAAUAGUUUUCUUAACUUCUGCUAUUCAAGGUUUGAUUGUUUUUCUCGUUAAUUCAUAGUACCAAACAAAAAUGCAACAAAGUUUUAAUUUGAAAAGGUUUGAUGUGAAAAGCAGACAUUGUUUUAGAAGGAACAUUUUUGUAUAUAUAGCUAAAUAAAAAAAAUUAGUUGAGGCA